GGCGUGAACAAGCCCGAGUUGCUGCCCAAGGGCGAGGUCACUCCCGUCAUCGACGUGGCCGGCUUCCUGACUGACGGCGAGGAGAAGCGGAUACGGCAGCGGGUGGAUGCUUUGGAGGCGGACACAGGGGUGAAGCUGAGGGUACUGGCACAAAACUACCCCCAGGCACGACCAGCUGCUGCAGGGGUGACCCCCGGGCUGGCCAUCAAAGACUACUGGGGCGUGGACUCUGACACAGUGGUGUUUGUGGCGGACCCCAACACCGGUAACAUCCUCAACUUUAACGUGGGGGCCAACGUGGACCUGCUGGUGCCGCGGAACUUCUGGAGCCGGCUGGCGGGGCGGUUUGGCACCAAGUUCUACUGGCAGGAUCAGGGGCAGGAUGCGGCCAUCGUGAACGCGGUGGCCGCCAUAGACAACUGCAUCCGGGAGCCCAUCGGGCGCGGCCAGUGCAGCGCUAUCCGGGGCGAGCUGGAGUGACCCUAGGCCAAUGACGGCCCCUGGAAUAGAAGGGGAGGGGGGCCUGGCUGCCUGCCUGCCGCUGUUCAGCUAUUUUGCUGGCUUGUUCUGAAGCGUGUGAAGCAAUGGAGCU